AUGUUAUACCCUGAAGACGAUUUAAUCACAUAUGACGCAUUGAACUCAGCAUCCGAUUCAUCGGAAGACGAGUCGAGCUACGGGGAACCAGAAUUUCUACUGGAUCAAUGCGAUGAGGCCGAUUCUGCUCCGUACCUCGUGGACGAACUUUUCGUGCGUGAUCAGUCGGUGAAUAGUGAAGAGACGAACAACGCAAACGAACCACGUGCUUCCGGCUCAAAACCAAGAUCAGUGUCCAAGAGAAAGUUACAGAAUGGGUUGUCUGCAUUGAACGAGCCGUCAGGAAGCAAGAGGCAAAAGGACAAGCCUUUAACGUUUAAAGGCGAAGUGAUAAUUAAAAACUUUAAGAACCAAAAAGGCGCAGAUCCAUGUGGUGUCUUGGAUGUUCAAGCAGAUGAUUCAGAUGGCGUGUUGCGUAAAAUCUGGGAUUAUUGCGCUCCAUUUGUACACCGUGGAGUUGUGUUCAAUGACACCAUUCAUGACACAAUAGCAGCAGAGAGCGAUUCUUCGAUUGCAUUGGUUGCGUGGGAGGAAGACAUGCCGUCUUACGAAUCGUGCUGGAACUUCAUGCAGGUCCACGAUAAAAUGAGCAAGCGGUACUUUUGUCCCUCGAAGAUUGAGGCGAAGUCACUGCUAAGCUGGGAGGAUAAAGAUGUGUGUGUUAUCCUUAAGUACAGUGCUUCGGUUACUAGUAAGAAACGAUGGACUCUGCUGAAAGAAAAGCUGUUGAGCCCAAUUCUAAAGGAUCGUGCGGGUGCUGAAGCGAUUUCAUCGGUCAACGCUGUGAAAUCUGAGCUGAAGGAACGGCAUGGCAGGUACCUCUGUGCCGAUGAUAUCGUCUGGUUGUGCUGGGCCAACUACAUCUGUACCAUGCCUUCAGAAAAUCGAGCAGCUUUGAUCGACAACUCCCCACCAACACACAUGGUGGAACUAUUUUCUACGGUGCCAGUUCACAGCGAAACUCUGCUAGAAAAAGGUCGGCUCGAUCUUCAGGUGGCCUCAACUGUAAUUGCUUCUUACAGAACCAACAUCGAACAGAUGGAAUCCGAUCAUCAGCAGCUGCUGAACCUUGCCAGCCUGCAGGGUCAAAGAUUAGCCCACAUGCGGGAGAAGCUGACUGAACACGAAGCGAUGAUCAACGCGAUGAAAAGGACCGUGUCUGCACGGGAAACCAGUUUUUCUGAAGAGCUAGCUCGUGGCGUAACCGACAGCAAUGAUGAUCAACAUGCAUAA